AUGUCAGACCUUGUGCAGUGGCUCAUUGACAACGAGCCAGAGUUCAGCAGGAAACGACUACCGUCACUCUAUUCCGACCUAGCUCAACAGAAGUCAGCCAAUCCUGAUGGCUUUGCCGCAAAUGCGACGGCAUGGCAGAAGGCGCUCAUCAGGGCUGCUUUGGCAGGCCAACUUCCUGGCGAACUGAAGAUUAUAUUACGGACAUCAGAUGAUCUGCUCCACGCACUUCACAGUCCCCGAUACGGGUUACCUACAGGCUUAGGGACAAUACUCGACGAAGCAAUCCGAACGAGAAAGCUGGUCGCACUCAAAGAUUUUACAAGCGCCGAACAAAGUAUCUACCAACAAAGCUGGAGUUUAGGGUCUCUUCUCAGAUGGGGCUUGACACAGGCAGGAUUGUGGAGAAGUGAUUCUUGGGACACAUCCGGCAGGCUCAAGAAGGGUGAUCUUGUCGUUAUUGAGGGUCUUGAACAGCUGGAGCGCCAGCUGACUGCUCUGCGCAAGAACGACGGUCAAGGAAUUACCGAUCGCAUCCUGUCUCGAGAGGCAUUCUCGCAGCUGGUAGCCGGGACGGAAAUCGGUACCCUCACAGCACGUGAAAUCGAAUGUCUGUUACAGUUUCUCUAUCGUGACAAACAAGUAUUAUCAUAUGAUGCACAUACAGUCAAGUUCAGAGCACCUUCAUCCAACAAACCUGAGAGCAUAUCCGAAGAAGAUGCACAUAUUGCCAAUGUCAAGACCACGAUAGCUACGCUAGAGUCACAGGUGGCAGCUCUGAACACACGUAUUGGCAAUUUACAGCAGACUGCUCUGAAAGCUGUGCAGAGCAAGAACAGGAACGCUGCCUUGUCAGCCCUAAGGUCAAAGAAGCUUGCAGAAACUGCUCUGCAACAACGUACAAGCAUGCUCGCACAGGUGGAAGAAGUUUACUCGAAGAUCGAACAAGCAAUAGAUCAGGUUUCGUUCUUGCAAGUGAUGCAGGCUUCGGCUGAUACAUUGAAAACCCUGAACAAACGUGUUGGAAGUGUGGAGAAGGUUGAUGCAAUCAUGGAAGACCUGAGGGAACAGAUGUCAGAAACCGCCGAGACUGGACAGGUAUUGCAAGAACCGCUGACUGGCAAUGCUGUUUUGGACGAGGCAGAAGUCGAUGACGAGCUUGAAGCCAUGGAGAAAGAAGAGCAAACUCGUAAAGAGAAGCUUCAAGACGAUGCCAAUCAAGCCAGAUUGACUGAGCUUGGUCAAUUUGAGAAAGAGGCUACACACAAGACGGUUUGGGGGAAUGAUGGCGAUGCUGCUACGAAGACGCAGGUCGAUACAGAUCUCGCAAGCAGUUCUCAGAGGCUCGAGCAAGUGAGCUUGAAUGCUGGCGCAGGGAUUCCGAAAGACGGGGAUACACGCAAACGCGAGGCACAACCAGAAGCCGCGUGA